AUGGCUGUGGCUCUAUUAGAUGACUGGUGUAAGGGGAUGGACCUGGACCCCAAGAAGGCUGUGCUCAUUGUGGGCAUCCCUGUGCAGUGCAGUGAGUCUGAGAGAAAGGAUGCUCUGAAAGAAAGCUUACCUCCUUUGUGUGCUUACAGGGUGAUAGGCAGAAUGUUCAGGAGGGAAGAUAAAGCUAAGGCAGUCUUAAUUGAACUUGUCAAUUAUACUGUGAUGCCCACUCAUAUACCGGCUGCAGGGGGAGCUUGGGAAGUGGUAGUCAAACCCCAUAGCCCAGAUGACAAGUUUAUCAAUAAGCUGAUAUACUUUCUCAGGGAUGAAGGACGGAGAAUGGUAGAUGCGGCCAAAGCCCUGGGGUUUAGCACUGCCCCUUCAGUGAGCAUGGAGCUAAGAAAUUCAGACCAAGACAAACCAGGAGGCUUGAAGUCUCUGUGCAAUAACAUGUGUUACCAAAAACUGAAAACAUUUUCUGGCAGUCCCUUUCCAGGCCCAGGAGAAGAGACCUUUGAAACCUGGUUAGAGGAGGUCACUGAAAUGAUGCAGUUAUGGCAGGUGUCUGAGGAGGAGAAGAAGCGGCGCCUUCUAGAGAGCCUGCGUGGAUCUGCCCUGUCAAUCAUGCAGGAACUGUGGGUUAGCAAUGACUCCCUAACUAUGGAGCAGUGCGUGAAAGCCCUAAAGCAGAUCUUUGGGAAUAAAGAGGAUUAUAAGAUCUUACAGUUCAGGUUCCUUCAGUCUUUUCAGAAACCUGCAGAGAAGCUAUCUGAUUACUUGCUGCGCUUAGAGCCCCUGCUCCAGAAAGCAGUGCAGCAGAUCCCCUUGUCAGCACACAGUGCAGACUCCAUUCACCUCAAGUGUGUCCUAUCUCACGUCUCCCUGACCACUGGUUUUCGGGGCAAGCUGUCCCUGUUAGAUCAGCAAGGAUGCCCACCCACUUUUCUGGAGUUAAAAACUCGACAUGAGGAAGAGUGGGAAACUACCAUGGUAAUGAUGAAGGAGCAGCAGAAUCAGGAAGAAAAACAAAACAGGGCCUGUGGGGCAGCAGCACAUCAGGUUACCACCCAGGCAGGGGUUUUUAGGGAGAUCAGCACCCCGACCACAGGAAAGGAAGUGACAUCAGUGAAAAGGAAGCGACUGCUAUGGAGACGCAGUGGUGGGCAAGAGGGGCCUAUGGAGGAAUCGGGGUUCAGGACUGAAAAUGAACCUGAUGAGCAGAAACCCCAUCUUGCAGCACAGGAGUUGGGAAACAAGAGAGGGGCUGGGGCUAUGAGCCACCCCAACCCCAGGGGAAUAUAG